UGUGGUGGCUAUUAAUGCUUAAUACGAAUGUAAUAAUGUGUUUAUGUGCAUUUACCUAACAACAGAGCCCAGCGUCCAUGAUCAUUUUUUCUAUAAAGAUGCAGAAAUAUAUGGGCGAUAUGGUCAGCCAUCGUUAAGCCUCUCUUGGGCAACCAGGCUAAGGAUCGCGAAAGGCAUUGCCAGGGGUUUGGCCUACCUCCAUGAAUGCAGUCCAAGAAAAUUUGUCCAUGGGAACAUCAAGCCAUCCAACAUCCUCCUGGACAAUGAAUUCCAGCCUUACAUCUCCGAUUUUGGCCUCAACCGGCUGAUUGAGAUCACUGGAAACAACCCCUCCACUGGUGGCUUAAUUGGCGGAGCUUUUCCCUACAUGAAGUCACUUAAUUCAGAGCAAGCUAACAACUAUCGAGCUCCAGAGGCUCGGAUGAGUAACAAACCCACACAGAAAUGGGAUGUCUACUCUUUUGGAGUUGUCUUGCUUGAACUUCUGACAGGAAAGUCCUCAGAACUUUCAUCUGCAGCUGCAUCCACUUCUGCCGAGGCUCUUAAUCUAGUGAGAUGGGCAAAGAAAGGGUCUGAAGACGAAAACCCACUCACAGAUAUGGUAGAUCCAUUAUUGCUGAAAGAAGUGCAUGCCAAGAAGGAAGUACUGUCAGUAUUUCAUUUAGCUCUUGCAUGUACUGACGAGGAUCCUGAAAUUCGACCAAGGAUGAAGACAGUGUCGGAAACCCUUGAGAAGGUGAGAAGUUCGAUGAGGCAAAAAGUGCAGGAGCAUAAUUGCAUAUGCUUUCUUACAGUCUGUCAGUAAUACUCAGAAUUAUAUGCAC